AUGCUGGAAGAAUCCGCCAUCAAGCCUUGGUUACGAUCACCCACACAGCGGAUUGCACUCGCCAAUGCUAGAUUGAUCGAUGUUACCGACGGAUCCGUCCGUAAGAAUGCUACUGUCACCAUCGUGGAUGGCCUGAUCCAAAGCAUCGAAGACUACAAUGAAUCCCGCUUGCAACUACUGCGCCAGGAACGCAGCAAGGUCGUUGACUGCUCUGGCAUGUAUUUGUGUCCUGGUUUAAUUGAUUGCCAUGUCCACCUCAUGGCCGUACCCGGUUUCUCCGAUCUAAACAAAGCAUUUGGAAACGCAAACGACGUUUCUGUUCUGCGGCAGCCGUAUGUCUGCGCUCAGAUGCUACAAAGAGGCUUCACCAGUGUUAGAGACUGUGGCGGAGCGAUGUCUGCGCUGAAAGAGGCCAUUCAGGACGGUGUCUUCACUGGCCCACGGCUUUUCAUCGCAGGCCACGCUCUUUCUCAAUCUGGAGGACAUGCAGAUUUCCGGAGUUCGCACGAUCACAGCAUGUGCUGCGGAGGAACCACGACUGGCCUAGGUCGAGUGUGCAAUGGAGUACCAGAGUGCAUGCAAGCCGUGCGUGAAGAGAUCCGCUCUGGAUCCGACUUCAUCAAGAUCAUGGGAUCCGGAGGUGUGUCUAGUCCAACCGACAAGAUCGAUCACUUGCAAUUCACCGGCGCUGAGAUACGCGCAAUGGCGGACUGUGCUGCUAAUGCCAACACAUACAUUACUGCCCACGCCUACACCUCUCGAGCUAUCCGGCACUGUAUCGAGAAUGGCGCCCGAGGCAUCGAACACGGUAACUUUCUGGACGAGUCCACGGCAAAGCUGAUGGUAGAGAAGGGCUGCUUCUUGACACCCACGCUUGUAACGUACGCAGAAAUGGCAUCUUCCAAGUGGCAAGGCUAUCUUCCGAUAGAGUCGGCUGUGAAGAACACCGAAGUACUCCGUGCUGGGCUGCGGGCGAUCAAGAUCGCAGCGGCUGCAGGUGUGACGAUUUGCUUUGGUACUGACUUACUCGGGCCACUUGGAGAAGCUCAAAGCAGAGAAUUUGCUUUACGGUCAGAGAUUCUCUCGCCGUUAGCCAUACUGCAGAGCGCUACGAGCAAUGCUGCAAGACUUAUAUGCCAGUCAAAUGCCCUUGGUCAAGUCAAGACAGGUUUCUGUGCCGAUCUUCUGCUCCUGGCGCAGAACCCACUCGAGGAUAUCACGGUGUUGGACAAGCCUGAGACAAAUGUCUUGGCAGUUAUAAAGGAAGGAAGAGUGCACAAGUCGAGAUGCAAAGAGUUUGAAGAAGAUGGUGUCAUGCCGGUCCGCAUAAGGUCUUCAUUGUGA